UUACGCAACAUCCAUCAGGGCUCGCUACAGCAGUAUAUAACAGUGUGAAAGUUCCUCAUAGUGCACCGUCAACUUUGUUAUGCGAUGGUCAUAUAAUAUGCAAAUUAAAUGUUUCAUAACGUUUGAAGUGAAAAUGUGCUGAUUACUGAAGUUAAUAGACCGUGCUCGGAUUAAUAGCUAACCAUCAGCAGUUUUAGAAAACAUCGUUAACGAGGGAGAGCUGGUUCGGAAUCGUAAAAAGGGCGGUGGUGAUAGCUCGAAGUAGUGUCAGUGUAUAUCGGUUAAUUGAAGUGAGGAAUUGAGUUGAGCCGGAUGCGGAUGGCAAGUGUGCCGCUGUCCGAGCCCCAGCGGCGAUUUCACCCGCGUCACGCACGUCCGCGCUCGCAUGCUCUCCCUCCUCACUGAUCGAUCCAGUUACAGAAUCACUACUACAUUUGCAUAUGAUCAUUGCGCGAGUGAAAGUGAGCGUGCUGAGCUCAGCUGGGCCGUGACGUGACGUGACGUCAUGGGCCAUGUGGAAGAUAUGCGGCGUCAGUAAAGCCGAGCCCGUGCUGUUCGCUGAUAACAUUGAUGAUGAUUAUCAGCCGACAUGGCGGCUGUGGGGCGAGGAGCGCGUCGACGGCGCCAUCUACACCGUCUACCUCAAGAAGGUGCGCUACCACCGGCCCACGCGCAGCGCAUCCAGUGAGUCGGACGACGAGAUCUCUCACCUGGAGUGGGAGACGGUCCGGGUGCGCUUCGUGAAGGCUGGCACGGUCGACCGCCUGGUCGAGGCGCUGGCCACGGACGAUGGCGAACUCGAGUCCACAUACGUCAACGUGUUCCUCGCUACCUACCGGUCGUUUGCGGAGUGCAAUCGAGUAUUGGACCUGCUACUGCGACGGUAUGAAGCCCUGGCGGCAGAGGAUGUGCUCCCCUCGGCGGCAGAUACCUCACAGCAACACCGAAAAACUCUGGUGGCGUGUCUGCACGUGUGGCUGGACACGUACCCGGAGGACUUUCGGCAGCCCCCCCACCACCCCGCUCUGCAACAGCUGCUUGCCUUCACACAGCUCCAUCUGCCGGGAUCAGAGCUACAUUCGAAGGUAUUACAGAAGCUAGCUAUAUUCAAAGCGGAGCGGAAUGGCAUUUCAGGCGGCGCGAGUCACGCUGUGGGCGGCGGCGGAGGCGUGUGCCUGGCGGCCGGCAUGCGGCACGUGACGCACCACACGGCCGCCUACCGCCUUCCGCACGUGCCGCACCGCCACUUCGCCGAGCAGCUAACGCGCAUGGAUAUGCAGCUGUUCAAGAAGCUCGUGCCGCACCAGUGCCUCGGCGCCGUGUGGUCGCGCCGCGACAAGGACCGCGGCCACGACGCCGCCACCGUGCUCGCCACCGUCAACCAAUUCAACGCCGUCUCCUUCCGCGUCAUCUCCACCGUGCUCGUGGAGCCCGACCUGCGGCCGCAGGACCGCGCCGACAUCCUCGCCGCCUGGCUCGACAUCGCGCGCGAGCUCAGGGUCCUGAAGAACUUCUCGUCGCUGAAGGCCAUUAUCUCCGGCUUGCAGAGCAACUCCGUCUACAGACUGAGAAAGACGUGGGCGCUCCUCCCGAAGGAGAAGGCGGAGCUGUUCGACGAGUUGGCGCGUAUAUUUAGCGAGGACAACAAUCGGUGGGCGCAGCGGGAGCUUCUAAUGCGGGAGGGCACCGCGAAGUUCGCCGACACGGUCGGAGAAAACGACCGGCAGCUCCAGAAGUUGCUGCACGAGCGAGGCUCGCCUGGCGUGAGCCACGGCACCAUACCCUACCUCGGCACGUUCCUGACCGAUCUCACCAUGAUAGAUACCGCCAUCCCGGACACGGUCGCGGACGGCCUGAUAAACUUCGACAAACGUCGAAAAGAGUUCGAGGUGCUAGCUCAAAUAAAGUUGCUCCAGGGCGCCGCGAACGCGUACCACCUGGCCACCGACCCGAUGUUCGAUCGGUGGUUCGACUCCGUGAUCGUGCUAGACGACCGGGAGGCGCACCACCUAUCGUGUCAGAUAGAACCCCAGACGAAUCCACCGAAAGAGAGGCGGCCGAAGAAAAUAACCGACAACAACGGCCACGGUCACCGGAAGAACGACUCGAUUGCGAGCACCAGCUCGAGCAACAGCUCGCAGUUCUACUGCGAGACGGACGGCGUCGCGAACGCGUGGAAGCGGGACAGCCUCGAGCGGCGCGCGUCGCCGACGCGGCUGUCGCACGGGUCGUCGUCGUCGUCGCUGCCGUCGCUGGACGCGUCGCUGUCGAGCGCGGCCAGCGGACACAAGGCCAACGGCAAGCCCGGCGCCAGCCCCGCGCACGCGCACCGCGCAGGCCCCGACUUCUACAUCAUCCGCGUCACCUACGAGUCCGACUGCGCCGAGACCGAGGGCGUGGUGCUCUACAAGUCCAUCAUGCUGUCCAACAACGAGCGCACGCCGCAGGUCGUCCGCAACGCCAUGCUCAAGCUCAACCUCGACGGCGACCCCGACCAGUAUACGCUCGCUCAAGUUUUACCCGAUAGAGAAAUGUUGCUCCCAGCGAACGCGAACGUUUACUACGCAGUAAACACGGCGUACAACCUGAACUUCAUCCUGCGGCCGCGCAAGCCGCAGCCGGCGCCGGAGCCGCUCGUCAACGGCAAGGCGCGCAAGCGCACCUGACUGCUCUCCUACUGAGAGUCUGAACUGCAUCCGAGGUACCUCGCGGUUUGAAAGUGGUUGAAAGGGUUAGAAGGUGAUAAAGCUAUCUUAAGCUGAAGCUGCCCGUUUCUAAGCCGCGCGGCAGACCGCUCUAGUACGACUAGUACGUAUGGACUCUAAAUCUGUGUCUCGUGAUGCGACCCCGCUGGCUUCGCGAACCGAGUUCUAUAGGUGCCCUGGCCUGGCGGUAAAACGAUAUUCGGGACUCUUGUCGAGAGAGCGGUGUGAGAACUGGAAGUAUUUGUGUUCAUAGUGUAUUCUAUUUAUGCAUUUCUCGGUGUCUAUAAGUGUAGUUGUACAUAAAAACCCUAUGCCACCUCUAGCUGUAAUUCGUUGUGAAUAACAUAUGUAUGUAAAUUUGUAUCAUUAUUUGUAUAUAGUGGAAUAAUGUGUAAAUAAGAAUCUCAAGUAGAGUGUUAGUGUCGUAAUACUAAGCCAAAGGCGAUCUAUUAUGUAUAAUACAAGGUGCUGUUAUACCCUUAUAAAGCAUUUCUAAAGCUUUAACAUUUGAAAACGUUCGUAAACCGAAUUUUCCAAAAAUAAAUGAUUAAUAUGUAUUUAUAUAGUGGUAUGGGUAAAGUAGACAAAUAACCGAAUGUAAAAUAUGCAAUGGAAUAUAACCACUAGUAUUUAAUAGUGCCUAUCUACGUGGCAGUAAUCUAUUAUUACAUGUACUCGUAAUAUAUGUUUAAUUUAUUUAUUUAUACUCAUAUAUGUAACUAUAAUGUGGUAGAUACACGUUAGAACCAAAUAAUAACUGCCGUAAAAGCCUGAAUAUAUUAUUGUAUUUAUUUUUAUAACAUUUUCACAUUUGAGAAGAUUUUUAAAGAUUUUGUUCCGUUUUAUUUUUUAAAGCAACCUUUAAAACGUUAAAUUAAGUCGACUGACAAUUUAAAAUGUCCUCUACUCACUCGUUAAACAGUUUGUACAUGACAAUUUUACUCAUUUGUUUAUAAGUAGAAAUCUAUGUAUUAAGAAACACAAUGUGCCUAAAUUAAACAUUUAUUUAUACAUAUUUCGAUUGAAAGUUUGGAAAAAUAUGAUUGUUUUUAAUUGUUUUGAAAAUACAAGAAAACAGGUAGAUAUUAUAGUGAAACUGAAUGUCCAAGAUAGGGUAGAGCGUUUAUUGGAAACAUUGCACAAUAAUAAGUGCAUAGUCCACUUUUAUAAUAUUCUUAUAUUACUAUUUAAUUGUCCCCCAAUUUAUAUUCUAAUCAAACCUUUCAUCUUAUACAAUAGUCGUCGAUGUUAAUUACUAAUGGGCCGAUUUCACCAGCAUAAUUAUCGGUCAAUACAAGUUGCUUGAACAUCAAAUCUAUUUGAUUAGUUAAAUAUAGAAUUUAUUUUUAAAUAAUGAAUUGCAUGUUACCUGAACCAUAAUAAUUAGUACCUGCUGAGCUGCCCUUUGGAUCUGUCUAAAGUUGCCCCUGCAUAUAAUUUGGGCCCUCGGAUUUUAUUUGUGCAUUGAGUUGGCUCCACCACUAAGGGUCUUUCCAUAUGUCCAAUACAUGGAGUUAGUAAAAAAAUAAUGGGUGACGCUUGAGAAAAGGUAUUAAAACCGGCAAUUAAAUUCAUGUAUAGAUGGGAACUAAUCCUCCUACCUUAAUAGACUGGAUAAUUCCAGUCUCCACUAUACAAGCAUAGAAAGACAAAUUGUAAGAUGGGUGUAUAAUAACUAUAUAUAAACAUUUUUUUGUAAAUAUUGUAAUCUGUCUAUUAUGUAUAAUUUUGUAGUUUUCCACCAGUGUCUGCAAUUGUUUACGUUUGUGUAAUAAAAGUGAAAUAAUACCCA